UUUUCUCCGCAGUGGAGCAACGGUGACGUAUGCUCGUCGCUGGUGCAGCUGAAUUUUAAAAAGCUCUCAUCCGCCCACGCGCCAACAGCACUAGUGCAAGCGUAAUUAUCAUAAACUUUUGUGGCCCUCUUUAUUCCAUCUCCUGACUUAUUCAUUGGCUGUUGAUGCAUAUAGAAGAUGUACAAGGUGCUUGAUUGAUGCCUGUUAGGGGAAUUUGACAGGUCAUCGUGGUAUAAGCGCUGAUGGGGAAUUUGCCUGCUGCAUGGGCACGGAAAAGCACUUUUGUAGAGUUGUUUCACCUGAGUGUGUAUUUGUGCUGUGUUUAUGCAGGCACAGGCACCCAAAUAGAUUUACAAAUCUAGUUUGUUGAUGCCAUUCUCACAGAGGUGAAUAAUGAAUUCAAUGAAAAAUGAAUGAUGUUUUGCUUCAUUUAAAUGUCAUUCUAAGAAAGAACGGAUGUUAUAUAACUAAAUAUAUAAUAACUUUUUCUUUAAAAGUUGAACAAAGUGAUGCCGGUCAACUUCCAAUUUUCAUUCCAACAAUAGAAGUGAUCUGUUCCGUGGUCAAACUGUCAUUAAACCUUCAUUAAGUGAACGAGCAAUGUUUUUAACAUUUUGAAAUGUCAACAAUGCAACAAUAAUUCAACAACUUCAACUCAAUCAUCCUUUUUUUAUAUGACCUAUUUUUAGUUUUACUGGAGUUAAUCAUUACCGGUCAUCGUUACAUCUUUAUUUGUGACAUAGCGAGAGUGGUGCUUUUUGACAUCAACUUAACAUAAUUAUAUACAGUAUGUAUCUGGAAUGUCACAAGAUCUGGUAAGAUUAAAACAUGACAAGAUUUUUCUUUUGGAGAGAAGUAUGAGAGCCGUUUAGCCAGAACUAUGGCAUUGCUACUAUGAAAAAUAAUAUAGUAUAUCAUGGAAGUGGCAGUUUUGGAAUUUGGAUUAUUGGAACCGCACAAUGACAAAUGUGUUUUUUGUUAAUAUUUCUGGGUGUCUGGGAAGGAUUAAUUGGAUUUAUUCGAAUUGCACAAAUACACAACACCUACGGUAAUAUUUUACGAGGGCAGGUUUUUUGGUUUAUGGCUUUUAGCGGUUUCUACGGCUUAUUUUGGAGAUGCAUAUGGUGUUGGAAUUGUACUGCCGUGUGUAUUCAGGUCAAAAAGAAGUUAUAAAACAGUGUCAGGCUUCAUGUGACUGUGUGAGGACGCUCCUCUGUGCUUACAAUGCUGUACCUGUCUGCCGUCAUAACAGAGGCGUUCUUGCUCUGGGAAUUUCUUAGGGAAAAUAGGGUAAACCAUAUAUAGAAAAAACGGCAUCCUCUUAUGCAAAGACACCAGUGCACACUAUUGAUGAAGAACAUAAGGCCCAGCAGGUAUGAGAUGAUGAUGCUGUUGUGUGCACGGGCAAAUAAGGUUAGUGACACCUCCUGUAGCUAGCAGACUAGCACUGUAUGCUAUGACGAGUGUGUGAUCAUGGUGGUUUGCACAUAUGUUCUAUGGCUCAUUAUGACUCAUGUCCCAAUACUGAUGACGAGGGUUGUAAAGCUCCCAGUCGUGUGCCUUGGACGCAUUGCGCAAUUUACCAGAGAGAGCUGACAUUUGCAGCAACGUCACGUCAGUCGGACUUCCAAAAACAUUGCACAGUCACUUGCUGUCUCCAAAAGUCCCCUUCAAAGUCUGUGGGAAAAACAUUCUCUCCUUAGGCAUUAACACAGCAUGGAGACAUUUAGGUGAGUCUCAGUGUAAUCGAUAGUCAUGUGAGUAUUGAUAUAUCCAUACCACAGAAUCAAUACUCCCAUCACUAGUGCCACGCUGGCAAGUUUUAUAGCGUGUACUACAGUGUUUUAAAGGGGACCUAUUAUGCUCAUUUUCCGCCCUUUGUAUUGAGUUGUGGACUCCUGUAGAGCAGCUAGAUCUUCCAGAGUCUACACCUGACAGGGCCUACAGCUUGUGCUCGCUGUGAUGUCACAAAUUGUCGGUGAUGUCACAACUCUCUGAAACCGAGCGUUCAGAACCAUCCCUAACUUCUUUAACGGGGCUAACCUCAUUACCUGAAACUUUGGCAUCGUUUAACAUGAGAUUACAACAUUUUAGCAACAUUUAUAUGUCAGAAAAGUGGAAAAAGCAUAACAGGUCCCCUUUAAUGUUGUCUAAGUUGUAUCUCUGUGAGAGGAGCAAAGACACAUGCAACUGUUGUGAAAGUGAAAUAAAGAUACAUGCAGGUAUACACGGCGGUAUACUUCACUUUAUACUUCCAUGCAGGAUUUACAGGGGCUCAUACAUUCGCAGGUUAACCUUUUCAUUAUUAAAAUAAUUUAGAAAAUGUUUCAAGUAUGUAUUCUGUCAUAAUUUUAUACAUGUUUUGGUUUGCUUCAGCAUUUGUUUAUGAGCUGUUUACAAAUACUCUGGGGCUGCAAAUAGAACAUUUCUGAUACAGAUAAGAUGUUUUAAUAAUAAUAAUAAUAAUAAUAAUAAUAAUGGAUUCAAUUUAUAAUGCACGUUCCAUUCUUCACAAUCACAAAGUGCUUCACAGGAAAAAUGAAAGAAAAAAAGAAAACACAAGUAUUAAAAACAUGAGUGCAAAAUAAAACCACAAGCAUUAAAAACAUGGGGGCAAAUAGACCAAGCAUCUAAGAAAAAGUUUUACUAAAAAGGUAGGUUUUAAGUCCUCUUUUAAAAGUGUCAGCAGACUGGUGCUCUGAGGUAUGCAGGGAGAGCAUUCCACAUAUUUUUGUGAAUAAGCCUUUUAUAAACACCUCAUAUUAGCCUAUGUAUCACCUAUGCAGCUAGUUGUAUUUAUUUUAUAAUGGUCAACUAUAAUAUCAAAUUCUAGGCUAGUUGCCAAAUAGCAGUAUAAGUAUAUAUAGUAUUUUCACAGGCCGAGUAAGUAGUAAGAGUAAGGUGUGGAGCCAUUGGACAACAGGCGUUAGAUGCCACAUCUGCAGUGUGCAAGUCAGCCAGGGCGCCAGCACGAGCAGAAGAAAGAAACAACACAUUUGUGGCAUAGAAGUAUGUCCUUAUGUUGACAGUGUUACUACUUAAACUUCCGGAUUUUAAUGUAGUAGUCGUCUGCUUCUUUAUGUUGAAGCGUAUUUUGGCCAUUCUAAAAAUGUAUGUUCAUGUACAUUAUAUAUUAGUUUUUUCAUCCCCCAAUAUUGGUAUGGGCCCCAAAAAUCCCAUAUCGGUCGAGCUCUAAUUAUUAUUUUUACAUACAUACAUACCCAUAUGCAAUGGAACAAUCAUUACUCAAUGAGUUAUAGUCUUGAGUUAUUUACUUGCAAUGAGCAAAUGACUAAAAGUAGUGAUUGCAAUCAGAGACAUUUUAGUGAUGGAAAAAAAAAAGACAAGUGAAAGGAAAAAUGCUAAAUGCAUAAAACAUAAAAUACAUAAAAAUGAAAAACAGACAUUAAAGAUAAAUGCGUACAACAUGUGAUUGCAAUCAGCGACAUUUUAUUAGCAUUGUUUGUUCGUAUAAAUUGUCAUAUCUCACUGAAGUAUUUCCUGCUGUGCAUGAAUGGAUGACUAAUGAUCAUUGUAGUGGAAAUGUGAGCCCUCUAUAUGCCCCGCCCCCCCUGCACCGAAUAAAUUUGUUUAGAGCGAGAAGCCACUAGCUUGUGUAUGAAUGUGAGUUACAUAUAACAUAUGUCCAACAUAACGUGACAUUAUGUUGGAAAGAGAAUAAUAUAGAUCAAUGCCUCAUUGGUUGGCAGGACAAAAACAUGCAAGGAAUGACACACAAACAUGCAUAUAGAGUUGGAAGGAUAAUUCAGGAAACACAAAACAUGCUCACCCGGUUCCUGGUGAAAACCCGCCCAUCCACUAUCAAGGUACAAGGGGGAGAAAUGUUUGGCCGUGGGACAGAGAAUGAAGACAAGAGAAGCUGUGUUACCUGCUUUUUUUUUUUUUUAAUGCUUUAGUAAGAUGCACAUUUCUUUCUGGAGCAGACCCAAACAAAGACAAGAGAAGAAGAGUGGAUUAACUUUAAUCCUAUCAGUGUUUCUUAUUACGUGUGGACGCUGCUGACUACACCUGCAUCACCGGAAGGAAGCUAUUCUUGGGAUUCGUAUGUGGACCGGGUUUCUAAGUUGCUUCCAAGCAACAGGGGGUUAACAUGCUGGAUUUGAUUUUGAAGCAAAUGAGCAAUGAGCAAACGUUCAGAGGCCCAUUUUUACGGCUAUGUUGAUGAGAGCUCCGCUUGAGAUUAGAUGUAGAUUAUGUUGCUCUGCUUUGGGAGUCGAAGACGCAAUCGACACCAAUGGAGCGAGAAGGAGCGCUUGCUUGACGACGAGCCUUACAACAUUCCCAACCCCUACUUCUUGGACACAGAUUCUUUUGUCAACAGCCAAGAAUGGACGUUGAGCCGGUCUGUGCCAGAGCUGAAAGUGGGUAUCGUGGGAAAUCUGUCCAGUGGCAAGUCUGCCUUAGUCCACCGCUACUUGACCGGCACCUAUGUGCAGGAGGAGUCUCCAGAAGGUGGGCGCUUCAAGAAAGAAAUUGUGGUGGACGGACAAAGCUACCUUCUGCUAAUCAGAGAUGAAGGAGGGCCUCCAGAGUUACAGUUUGCAGCCUGGGUGGAUGCGGUGGUCUUCGUAUUCAGCCUGGAGGACGAAAUCAGCUUCCAGACAGUCUACAACUACUUCCUGCGUCUGUCCAGCUACAGAAACACAGCCGAGGUGCCCAUGGUCCUUGUCGGGACACAAGAUGCAAUCAGCGCCGCCAACCCCAGAGUGAUCGAUGACUCGCGGGCCAGAAAGUUGUCCAAUGACCUAAAACGCAGCACGUACUAUGAGACCUGCUCCACCUACGGUCUCAACGUGGAAAGAGUCUUUCAGGACGUGGCCCAGAAGGUCGUGGCCAUGAGGAAAAAGCAGCAGCUCUCCAUCGGCCCGUGCAAAUCUCUGCCUAACUCGCCCAGCCACUCGUCCGUUCCGGCUGCAUCCAUCCCUUCUGUUCACAUCAACCAGGCGGCCAACGGUGGGUGCGCAUUCAGCGACUACUCCUCCUCCGUCCCGUCCACCCCCAGCAUAAGCCAGCGGGAGAUGCGCAUCGAGACCAUCGCUGCCUCCAACACACCCACGCCCAUUCGAAAGCAGUCCAAGCGCCGCUCCAACAUUUUCACAUCGCGGAAAGCCAGCGAACAAGCAAAGAGCGUUGAGAGUAAGACAGACAGCAUAGGCAGUGGAAGGGCCAUUCCUAUUAAACAGGGAAUCCUCCUGAAGCGAAGUGGCAAAUCCCUCAACAAGGAGUGGAAAAAGAAAUACGUCACCCUGUGCGAUAACGGCGUGCUCACUUAUCACCCCAGCUUACAUGACUAUAUGCAAAAUGUGCACGGAAAGGAGAUCGACCUGCUUCGGACGACGGUCAAAGUUCCUGGGAAACGACCCCCGAGAGCAGUGGCCACCGUCGCCCCCACCGCCAGCCCCAAGACCAAUGGGUUGACCAAGGACCGUAGUGCUCUGCAGCUGGGCAUCGGGAACACAGGUGCUCCUCACUCCAACAGCAGUACUUCCCUCCAGACGGGCGCAUCCAUAUUUGGAGGCAGCAAAGACGGGAUGCACCAACGCUCCUUCUCCGUGUCCAGUGCUGACCAGUGGAAUGACGCCAUCAACACCAGUACAAGCAGUGCACCCCCCAAUGGAAUGAGCGACCUGACCAGUUGCAGUGCGGGCAGUGCCACCAGUCCUAAGCUUGAGCCACCUCCUUCACCGCACGCCAACCGCAAGAAACAUAGACGGAAAAAGAGUACGGGCAUCACCAAGCCGGAUGGUUUAUCCACGGGCAACGAAGAACAAGAGGAUUCCUUUGAGUUCAUCAUCGUCUCUUUGACUGGACAGACGUGGAACUUCGAAGCAUCCACCUACGAGGAGCGUGAGCUAUGGGUGCAGGCCAUUGAGAGUCAAAUCUUUGCUAGUCUGCAAUCUUGUGAGAGCAUCAAAAACAAGUCUCGAUUAGGCAGCCAAAGUGAUGCCAUGGCCAUUCAGUCUAUACGCAACGUGAGGGGAAACAGCUUCUGUGUGGACUGUGAUGCAGCAAAUCCAGACUGGGCCAGUCUGAAUCUAGGCGCCCUGAUGUGCAUCGAGUGCUCGGGCAUCCACAGGAACCUGGGCACCCACCUGUCUCGUGUGCGCUCUUUGGACCUGGAUGACUGGCCUGUGGAGCUCAGCAUGGUGAUGACGGCCAUUGGGAACUCCAUGGCCAACAGCAUUUGGGAGGGCGCCCUGGAAGGCUACAGUAGGCCAGGCAGCGAUAGCGCCAGGGAGGAGAAGGAGCGCUGGAUCAGAGCCAAAUAUGAACAGAAGCUCUUCCUGGUAGGCCUGCCCCAGUCCGACGUGCCCCUGGGCCAGCAGCUCCUGCGGGCGGUGGUGGAAGAUGACCUGAGGCUGGUGGUGGUCCUGCUGGCCCACGGCACCAAGGAAGAGGUCAACGAGACCUAUGGCGAUGGCGAUGGCCGCACAGCGCUGCACCUGUCGUGCGCUAUGGCCAACGUGGUCAUCACGCAGCUGCUCAUCUGGUACGGCGUGGAUGUAAAGAGCCGGGAUGCCCGCGGCCAGACGCCGCUGUCCUAUGCCAGGCGAGCCGGCAGCCAGGAGUGUGCCGACAUCUUGCUCCAACACGGCUGCCCCAACGACGCGGGCAGCCUGACGUCGACGCCCGCAGCGGGCAAUAUCAGCAACCGCAACGCCAACCCCAACAUCAACAACAACGCCCAGUGUGAGCUCAACCGCAGCAUCAGCAUCAUGUAGAGACGCAGACGCCAGAAUCCGCCCUUUGUCUCGUCUGAUAGACACUGUGUACGAUGGACCGGUGAUGGACUCUUUGGACUUUGUUUUGGUCUUGGAGCUUUAAAUGUCAAUUUGUUUGUUCCACUACCCAUUGUUUCCUGUCAUCGCCAUCGUAGUAGUGUGCCAUCGAAACGAAAGCUUGGCGUGAAUCAAGAAAAAUAACAGUGAAAUACUUCCACUGCAGCGCUUCUUCUGCUAUUCACACAGCAGUCAAAAGAAAGCAAAUAAUGGAGACAUUUAAUAGCACAUAAAGGAGGUGAUUGGGGGGCGUAGAUGAUGGCCAUCCUCUACAUAACGUGUUCGUGACUGACUGAAGGAAUGAAGAGGCCACCGUGUUUUCCAACGACGGAGUAGCCUCUUCAAUCAUGAUUCAUUCACGCCGUUGAUUGAACCUGUAGGUUUUGUGUCAUUAUGGCGUCUUUGUCGCAAGACGUGAGCCGAUGCUACUUUGUGCUCGGUGUAAUGACAGUGUGUGACCCACCGCAUUUCACAUGUACAGGCCGCUGUAAAAAGUAGUAAGCUCAUCAGCUGUGUAUUUUUAGCCUCAUUAAAAACAUAACGUGACCUCGUCUUUACGUCCGAACCACCUUUCCUGUCAGCCUACAAAGCAAAAAGAUGUGUUCGAGUGACUUGAACGAGACGUUCAAGCACAAACCAAGCAAUGUUGUGUAUGAAAUAUGAUGAAUUGAAGAAGGAAGCAACAGUGUCCACUGUGACCAUUAGUGCAUUUUCCUCUGCAUUCACUUGCCUUUUACCAUGUUUUCAUGGAGUUACCAUGCUAGCAUGUUUAACUCUGUUUAACAGUAUUCUUUUCUUUUUUGCCAAUCAAUCAAAAUCAACUAUUAUUUGGAUUUCAUCUCUAAGAAUGGAAGACGUUAACACAAGAAUUCAAUAGGAUUUUGUACAAAAACAGUUAGAUGUAAUUAGACGUUUUCCUCCAAAACAAAGCUGUUUCAUGAAAAGCAAGUAUCCCAUUUCUGUCUUGGAAAAGUAUUCAAAUUUGUCAGAUUCUUUUUCCCUGAAAUGUAAAUUUCACUGUACUUUUUUUCAAGAAUGUUUUUUUCAUCCAAAAUAUAAAUUUUGAUAUAUUUUUUUUCAGUUUAGAUUUUUUUUUCUUUUUAUUUGAUUCAUUUUUAUUCUCACAAUUUUGGAGUUGAAAAUUCUAAAAUCGGUUUCCAGAUAAAUCUUUUUUCAUUGUACAAACCGAAACAUUGUAGUCAGAUUUAUACGUUCAUUAUGAAAAACAAGUCAGAUUUUUCUGAUAAUGUGAACGCCCACAUAAAAAAAAUCUGAUUUUUAAAAAUUCAAAUCAGUUUAUUUUGUGUGGUCUUUCACAUAAAUCUUGACAAAAUUUGGAGAUACGUGCUUUUCAUCAGACUAGUGUUAACAUGGCUGUUUCCAAAGAUAAAAGUACGCCACUGGGUGACAUGUUAAAUGUGAGAUUAUAAAAAUAAAAAAACGCCGGCAAACUGGUGCUUAAGAAUGGGACAAAUAUUUUUAGCAGUGAACAGAGCCACAGUUGAACAAGCGUAACAAUCUGGACAAGGCACUUCUUCGAAAUUAAACAUGAUCAUUCUGAUCCUACCCGUCUUCCAUACAGAGCUGAAGAGACUCUUGUGUGAACAUGUCCCUCAGUAUCUAUCAGAGCCGCCACUGACUCCACCAGAUUGCAUUGUUCCACGUACUGUAACAUUGUACUGUAAUACUGGCCUUAUUAUUUGGGACUUGAGUUGUUUAUUCUAAGUAGUGUAGAUGCCAACAUUCAUGCGAGUAGUCGUCCCCCUUCAGCCUCAACAUGAAGUCUUGUACAUAUUAGAUGGAAUUAACUGCUUUUGGCUCAGAAAGCCUCUUGAACCACAAGCCAUAUUUUUUUAUAUGUUUCUUUUGUUUGUUUCUCCAUUUUGGUUGGAAUGGUACUCGCCAGUGUUUUGGUCCCGACACGACCAUCUUUGCUACUUGUGUAUAAUGAUGUACAUUUGACAUAUUUAUAAUGCAGUAUGUAAAUAUUUUUAUUUGGGUUCAUUUUCUUGUUUGUUUUCCUAUUUCUUUAUGACGUUGAAGCAAAAAGCUAAAGAGUAACUUGUUGUGUGCUUGGCUGAGUGUUGACCCAUUAAUAAUAAACAUUCAAUAUAA